UGCUCAAGAAUGGGACAAUAUUCACAAACGUGAAUUUCCUGCUUGGUUCAAGAAAAAGAUGGCUAUACUUAGAGUAAAUGGUGAUCCGGUAGCUAGUGAUGAUUUGUAUUCCUUAUCGCAAUUACCGGAUGAUCGUUACACAAUUUGGCAAAGUUGUAUAGUCAAUGGUGUUAGAUUUCGAUGCAAAGAAUGUGAUGACAAGUUCAAGACACAAUGUAGUGGAGUAUGCACUGGAGAUGAUAAUGGUGAUACCAUUUAUUAUGGUGUAUUACUUGAAAUUUUAGAACUUGAUUUCAUCCUUGGAAGGAAGGUUUUCAUGUUCCGUUGCAAGUGGUAUAAUACUGAUCCAAAGGGGAGAACAAUGGUGGUUAAUUAUAAACUGACAUCUGUUGACACAUCAUCCCAGUGGUACACCGAAGAUCCAUUUAUUUUGGCCACACAAGCUCGACAAUUGUUUUAUUUAGACGAUAAAGCUUUGGGCAAGAAUUGGAUGGUUGUACAAAAAGUAAAUCAUCGUUGCAUAUAUGAUAUACCAGAGCAUGAUGCUAAUGUGGAUGCUAGUGAUGACAUAUUUCAAGAGGAAGAUGCUAGUUUCCCAUGGCUAGUUCUAAAAGAGGUGGAUAUCGUGCACAAGUUGGACGUAGUAGGAUUUCUGUUGAAGAUCAACAUGCUACUGAAGAGCUUCGAGCAGUUCAUUCCCUAAGAGACACUCAAGUUUCAACAAGAGGUGGGUGUAGGAGGAAUCCAAUAGGACAUAGAUCUGCAUCAGAAGAGUUUCAAACGGGAGAUGCUCGAGUUUCAACAAGAGGUGGACGUAGCUGUAAUCCAAUUGCACAUGAUUCUGCAAGAGAAGGGAUUCAAGCAGGUUAAAUUAGUUAUAUCAAUAACUCGCAAUUAUUCAUUUGUUAAGUAAAUAUUGCACCUAUUAAUUAACAACAUUUGUUAUAUAUCUUCUAGAUGUUAAUUCUCGAAGUUUUAUACAUAUAAAAAAUCUAGCAUUUUGGUUUAGAAUUGUUUUAUCUCUAACAUAAAAAUGUUUAUUUCAAUCCUUUAUUUUAAUAUUUGAAUAUUCCUUAUAAUGUAAUUAAAUAGCUCAUUCUCUAAGAGACACUCG